AUGCUCGUUCUUAAUUUGAGAAAAAGAAAGACUGAUGCUGAUCUUGAUCUUUUUAUCUUUUCAUGGAAUGACAAAGAUCUGAAGAGAAAAUAUACUAGAUUUCUCUGGGAUUUUUUGUUGGGUCUUCAAGGGAAGGAUGAUGAUUAUGAUGGUGUGGAGGAGGAAAAGAAGGAUGAGGAGGAGAAGAGUAAGUCGCUGGAGUCAAAAAAUUCAUCUGAUGAUGAUGAUGAUGAUGAUGAUAGCGAUGACGACAACGAUGAGUGUGUGCCAACUGAGAUAAAAUAUAAAUAUGAUGGUGAUGGUGAUGGUGAUGGUGAUGGUGUUGAGAGAGUGUCAUCUGAAACAAAAGAUGUAGGUGAAGGUGAUGAAGCUGCCAACAGUAAUGAGAGUGUACCUACUGAACCAAAUGGUUCUAAUGCCAAUGAUAGUGGUGGUGAUGAAGUGCCUGCUGAGACAACAGAUAAUUCUUAUCAGGCGAGUGUUACUCAGACGGUUGAUUUACUUGCAGACAAUGACAUGGAUGAGAAUGCAUUUCUUGAGAUGAUAGAUGAACUUGGUAGCAAUGUAUUAACUGCUAUAUAUGACAUGGAUGAGAAUGCAAUUCUUCAGAUGACAGAAGAACUUGGUGGCAAUGAGUUACCUGCUGUAUAUGGCAUGGAUGAGAAUGUAAUUCUUCAGAUGAUAGAAGGACUUGGUGGCAAUGAGCCUGCUGAGAGAAAUAAUGCAGCUGAUGAUGGCAACCACAAUGAAAAUAUUGAUCAGAAUGUGGCUGCCGAGGCAAAUGAUGCAUCUGAUGAUAGUGGUAGUGAUAGUGAUGGUGAUGAUGAUGCUUUUUAUAUCCAAUGGAGAUGAGGAAGAUGAUGGUUUUUCGGACGAUACAAAAACUGAUGAAGUUGAGAAAGAUGGUGGUUGAGAAAAAGUCAGACAGAGAAAAAGGAGCUUACUCCAAAUCUAAUGUUCCUACACAGAAAAAGGUAACUUGUGAGGGAUGUUUUUUCUUUUUCCUGCACAAUUGAGUAUGUGGCCUAUAAACUCAUAAUUACAUUGCAAUAUUGUACCAAA